AUGGGCAAGAAGGACAAGUCUGUUGCCGCUGCGGCGCCCGUGAAGGACACCAAGACCAAGUCGACCAAGACUGAGAAGGUGUCUUCGAAGGCUGCUGCUGCUCCUGCCAAGAAGGAGACGAAGUCGAAGUCGAAGAAGACCGCUCAGCCCGAGUCGUCGUCGGAGGAAGACUCUGACGACUCUGACGACUCUGAUGACUCUGAUGAUUCUGAUGAUUCUGAUGACUCUGAUGACUCUGAUGACUCUGAUGACUCUGAUGACUCUGAUGACUCUGAUGAUUCUGAUGACUCUGAUGACUCUGAUGACUCUGAUGACUCCGACGACUCCGACGAUGACGAGGAGGAUGAGAAGAAGGAGACCAAGAAGGACGAUGAUUCCGACGACUCCGACGAUUCCGAUGACUCGGAUGACUCCGACGACUCUGACGACUCCGAUGAUGACGAGGAGGACGAGAAGAAGGAGACCAAGAAGGACGACGACUCCGACGACUCUGACGACUCCGACGACUCCGAUGACUCGGAUGACUCCGACGACUCUGACGACUCCGAUGAUGACGAGGAGGACGAGAAGAAGGAGACCAAGAAGGACGACGACUCUGACGACUCCGACGACUCCGACGACUCGGAUGAUUCCGACGACUCUGACGACUCUGACGACUCUGACGAGGAGGAGGAGAAAGACUCCAAGAAGCGCAAGGCCGAUGACGAGGAGCCUGCCACUGCCAAGAAGACCAAGACCGACGCUCCCGCUGAGGCGGAAGAGGAAGGCAUCAAGACGCUCUGGGUCGGCCAGCUCAGCUGGAACGUCGACAACGAGUGGCUCAAGAGCGAGUUCGAGGAAUACGGCACCGUUGUCGAUGCUCGUGUGCAGUGCGACCGUGACACCGGCCGCAGCCGCGGUUUCGGCUACGUCGACUUUGAGAACGCUAGCGACGCCCUCAAGGCCUCGCAGCAGGCGCAAGGCAAGGAGGUCGACGGCCGCAACCUUCGCGUGGACCUCCAGACCCCUCGUGCUCCCAAGGAGCGCAGCGAGGGCCGCGCCAAGCAGUUCAACGAUGAGCGCAGCGCGCCUUCCAACACGCUUUUCCUCGGUGGCCUCGCCUGGUCGCUCACUGAGGACGAUAUCUGGAACACCUUUGCCGAGUACGGCCAGGUGUCAGGUGUUCGUCUCCCCAAGGAUAUGGAGUCGGGCCGCUCGAAGGGCUUCGGCUACGUCGAGUUCGAGACGGAGGACAACGCUACCCAGGCGCUCGAGGCCCUCAACGGUCAGGACCUCGGUGGCCGCCCCGUCCGCAUCGACUUUGCGGGCAAGCGUGACAACUCCAACUCGCCCCGCGGUGGCUCGCCCGCCGGUGGCUUCGGCGGCCGUGGUGGUGGCCGUGGUGGUGGCCGUGGCGGCUUUGGUGGCCGUGGCGGCGGCCGCGGCGGCGGUGCUGGCCGUGACUCGGGCUGGGGCGGCCGUGGCGGCGGCGGUGGCGGCCGUGGCCGUGGUGGCUUCCGCAGCGCCUCGGGCAGCGCACGGACGGGCGCCAUUGCGGAACCUUCGGGCAAGAAGAUGACCUUUGACUAA